CCGAGUCAACAUGAAGGCGCUCCUGAUCCUGGGGCUUCUCCUCCUUUCCACCACUGUCCAGGGCAAGAUCUAUGAAAGGUGUGAGUUGGCCAGAACUCUGAAAAGACUUGGAUUGGGUGGCUUCAAGGGAAUCAGCUUGGCGAACUGGAUGUGUUUGGCCAAAUGGGAGAGCAGUUAUAACACACGAGCUACAAACUACAACCCUGGAGACAGAAGCACCGAUUAUGGAAUAUUUCAGAUCAAUAGCCGCUACUGGUGUAACGACGGCAAAACCCCACGAGCAGUUAACGCCUGCCGUAUACCCUGCAGUGCUUUGUUGCAAGAUGACAUCACUCAAGCCGUAGCUUGUGCAAAGAGGGUCGUCAGCGAUCCACAAGGCAUCAGAGCAUGGGUGGCGUGGAGAAAUCAUUGUCAAAACCGAGAUCUCACUCCGUAUAUUCGGGGCUGUGGAGUGUAACUGCAGAAUUUUCUUCUUCCGCUCAUCUUGUCUCUUUUUCAGUAGCCAGUGUUGCCUUUUCAAACAAACUAACAUUGUCCCAGAAGCAGGAGCAAAAUAUGGCCUUUCUUCUUAGCUACCAAAUACAUCGCCAGUGCACUCAGUUCUUAAUCAGAGAAAUAACCCAGACUUACUCUUGAAUAAUACAAAUCUUCCUCAGUUUUGGAUUAAAAUAUUAAAGAGGACAGUCUCGUAACACAUGUGUCUAGGGCAGAAUGCCAGCUGUGUGGGCCCCGAUGCCUCCUGUCAGGCACCUCCAACACAGGAACACUGACCCCUCUUCAGUGGGUGAUACACAGUUGUUAAGGGAGCAGUCGUACUGCCUGGGUUAAGAAUUUUGUUUUCAUAAGGUGUAUGUGACCUUUGCUUUGAAUAUUUUCUGGGAAAGAUUUCAUUUAUACAUCUUUACAAAAAGAAUGUCCAGUUAAAUAUCGAUCUGUUUUAGCCCCUUAAAGAACAUUUAGAUGCAUCUUGCUAUUGUGGAGGGGUUAGAUGAGCAGUUGCUGUUUCUUAACUUUAUUUAGAUUUGUGCAUUAUAACUAAAUCUGAGUCAGGUGAGCUCACAGGUAUUGAAAUGAUUGCUGAUUAACCACAGGUGUGAAAUUAUGCAUGUUGUAAAAAAAGUAUAUUAUCAUUAAAG